AUGUCCUUCGCAGAGAUGCGGAAGAAGUUUCCGAAGCAGCCGGGGGGGACGAACACCCAGCGCCGCCUGCGAGCCUUCAAAGCUCCCCUGCGAAGGGCGCUGGUGGGGGAGUCCGCGGCGUGGGCCAAACUCGGUUUACCGAGGGCGGAGAUCCCCCCGCUGGCCACCGCGCUGCAGUGCUGGUCCGACGAGCUCUCCUUCGGCUUCGGCAAGAGCAUCGUCGCGGUCGACCUGGCGGCGCGGCUGGUGGCAGCAGAGGUGGACCGCUGGCUGGCCCACAGUGCCUUGCCCAAGGCACGCAGGUGCCGCCGCCGCGCCGUGGCGCGGGAGGUCAGCGAGCAGGCGUGGCUGUACCUCAGCGUGGUGGCGCUCAACUACGCGUUCUGCGGCCGCGCGCAGGAAGGCUGGCGCCACAGGCCGACCCUGUCGAAGGCGCAGACGCAGGUCUACGUGCACCUGAAGAGUCGAGCGGCGGCCCUGGCGGAGGACCCGCUGGCCAUGGUCGUGGUCCCCGCGAUCGACGAGCUGGCGGGCGGCUGCGGGUCAGCGUACGAGGGCGAGACGGGCGUGAAGGCCCUCCCCUGCCGGCUCUGCGAGCUGGCCCCUGGGCUGCCCGCGCGGGAGUGCGCUGCCACGCUCGACGCGAUCGACUUCGUUGACGACGAGGUCGGCGCCUGGCUGCGCCGCCCCGAGCUGGCGCUCCUCGACCAAUCCGACUGGCCCGACCCGCUGCCGCGGGCCCGCGUGAACGUGGAGACGGAUGCGGACUGGGAGGAGCUGGCGCUGCACCUCGUGUCGCUCGGCAUCUUCACCACGCUCGCGGAGAGCGAGCUGGUCCGCGUGAGGGGCGAGCCCGUGCUGAACGGCCUGUUCGCGGUGGAGAAGAAGGGCACUCCAGCGCCUGGCGCCACGCGGGUCACCAGGCUCAUCCUCAACAUGGUGCCAGGCAACUCGCUCCUGAAGGCCCACGUGGGCGAGGCGGCGCUGCUCGCGGCCUCGACGUCCUGGACGUCGGUCGUGAUCCCCGAGGGGAAGCUGCUGCUGUGGUCGGGCGACGACCAGAAGGGGGCCUUCUUCGUGUGGCGGGCCCCGCCCGCGUGGCACCCCUACAUGGCCGUGGGGCGGCCGCUCGCGGGCAAGCUGUUUGGUCGCUCGGAGCCCGUCGUCUACGUGACCUCGGCUGUCAUCGCCAUGGGCUGGUCGCUCGCGGUGCCCGUUUUCCAGCACAUCCACCGACGACUGUGCCGCCUGGCGCCGCCCCUCGGGGCAGGGCUUCCCUCAGACGGGGAGUGGCGCAAGGAUUGCGCGCGGCCCCUGGUCGAGGCAGGCAGCGGCCAGGACGCUGGCUGGUGGCAGGUUUACAUCGACGACUUCGAUGCGCCGGAGAUCGUCGAGGAGGUUCUGGCCCGCAAGCUCGCGGGGACCCCGAGCGACCUCCAACUGCAGGUCCGCGCCAGCUACGAGAGGGCAAGCGUCUCCUUCUCGGCCGAGAAGGCGCACUGCAGGCAGCUGAGGGUCGAGCGCAUGGGCGCGGACGUCGACGGCGUCAGCGGGCGCCUCGCGGUCCCCUCUGCCAAGGCGCUGGCCGCUGCGGGCCUCUGCUUGGCCGCGGUGCAGCGGCGCCUGGUCCCGUGGCGCGCGGCCAUGGCGGCCCUCGGCAAGCUCGCGAGGGCCUUCGAGUUCAGGCGGCCGCUUUUCGGGAUCCUGAACUCCGUCUGGACGCUGGCUGCGUCCUCAGCGCAGGGGGCUUACCUGGACGCAGAGAUGGUGGAAGAGCUCCUCAUGGGCGUGAUGGUCCUGCCGCUGGCCGCCUCCUCGCUGCGGCCGCGCAUCGACGGCAUGGUCACGUCCUCGGACGCGUCGGAGAUGGGCGGCGGCGCGUGCACGUCAGCUGGCCUGCGCGAGGACGUCGCCGCCGCCUUGCAGGUGCCGAGGACGGUCCCCGACCAGCUGGGGAUAGGGGCCAGGCUCCUUAACAUGCCCGAGGACCCCGCCCGACCGUGGGCGGCAGCCAACCCACGCGUCCCCGCCAGGGCAGUCCGCAGGGUGCUGUCGGUGCUGCUCAUCGGCCUGUUCGACGGCAUCGGAGGCCUCGCCGUCGCCUUCUCGAGGCUGCCCGUCCGCAUCGCGGCCUUCGUCGCGGCCGAGACGGACGCCAAGGCGAGGCGAGUUGUCAGACUCCGCUGGCCAGGUGUCAUCGACUGGGGCGACGUCACCCGUGUGGGCAGCGAGGCGGUGCGGGAUUUGUUCGAGGCGUUCGGCGGCCUCGUCGACCUGGUGGUGGUCGCAGCGGGCAGCCCCUGCCAGGACCUGUCACGCCUCAACGUCGGCGGGCGCGGCCUCAGCGGCAGGAAGUCCUCGCUGUUCCACGAGGUGCCGCGCAUCCUGGCUCUCCUCGCCGCCGUCUUCAAGGACAGGCUCGUUUGGUUCGUGGAGAACGUGGCCAGCAUGUCCGACGCCAACGUGGAGCUGAUCUCGGAGGCGCUGCAGGUGAGGCCGACGCUGGUGUGCUCGUCGGUGUUCGUGCCGUGUCGCAGGCCGCGCCUGUUCUGGACGAGCUGGGGCGUCACCGCAUCGGCGCCUCUUCGGCUGACCGACCGCGGGGUCUACGACGAGCUGGUGGGCCCUGGCGUCCCGCUCAUGGACCUCGCGUGGGAGGACGAGGGCUGCUCUUGGCCAGGGAGACCAAGGUGCUUCCCCACGCUCGUCUGCUGCAGGCCUCAGCCCUCCUUCCCCUCUGCCCCGCGUGGCUUCGCGGCUGCAUCGGAGACGGCUCGUCAAAGGUGGGCUGCGGACGGGCACAGGUAUCAUGUGGCUUUGUACGAGGACAAAAACAUGAUCUGCACCUCCUCGUUCCCUUUCCUGCGCCUCCCCACCAGCGAGGAGAGGGAGCGGCUCCUUGGCUUUGAUGUGGGGUACACCUCCCUAGCCACCAAGGGCUCGAACCCUCAGGACGCCUCCGACGCCAGGGCCUUCCUCCUCGGCAACAGCUUCAGUAUUCACGUCGUGGCAUGGUUGUGCCAGCAGCUCCUGCACCGCCGCGGCGCGCUGAACAGGGAGCUGUCGAUAGAGGAGGUGUCCCCCGUCCGCGCGUGCCGGGCGACGUGGGACCAGGCGGGGGCCUUCGUCACGGAGCCAGGAGAGCCGGACACCGCGGAGGCGAGGCAGCUGGUCCCGCACUACCUCAGCCGCGCGGAGAAGGGCGGGUCGGACGUCAGGCUGGACUACGGCGUCCCCUACCGCCCGCGAGGUUGGCCGAGGACAAGCCUGGACCCGUUCGUGUGGGAGUGGCGCGUGGUGGUCAGCACGGCGUGGCCUGGCUGGAGCUCCACCCACAUAAACGUGAGAGAGUUGCAGGCGGCCACGGCGGCGAUCAGGUGGCGCGCCCGCAAGGUCGCGCAGCACGGGAGCAGGUUCUUGCACCUCGUCGACAGCCAGGUGGUCGCGGCCAUCGUGACGAAGGGCCGCAGCAGCAGCAGGAAUCUACAGCCCAUCCUGAAGCGCUGGAUGGCCGUCGUCGUGGCGGCCGACAUGCACCCACUGAUCGGCUACGUGGUCUCAGAGGACAACCCUGCGGACGAGCCGUCGAGGAGGGCCCGCUCCCGUGAGACGCCGCGGGACGCGCUGCCAGACUCUCUCUUCCCUGAGGGUGUCAGCGGAGACGCGGCGGCGCUACGGGCGGGGGCGGACGCCUUGCGCGGCGACCCCGAGGACGCAGACGCCCUCGUCGCGGAGUACCUCGAAGGCCUGUGGGCCUCUGGUGCGGGCAUCGCGGCCGCCAACAACACGCUGGCGGGGGUGUGCUUCGCGGCGCCUCGUCUGAGGCGACACCUCGACCUGAGCUGGACUCUCCUCAAGGCAUGGAGGCAUCAUGAGCCAGCGUCCAGGGUGCUGCCGCUCACGACCGAGGCCGUCGCGGCCAUGGCAGGGUUCGCGUGCGCUGCAGGUGCUUUCGACGUGGCCGCCCCCCUUCUCGUCGGCUUCGAGGGCAUGCUCCGAGGCGCAGAGGUGUUUGCCCUGACGGUGGGCGACAUCGUCGACCGCGGCGAGCUGUUCAUAGUCCGCAUCAGCUCGUCCAAGACCACGGCGGGCAAGGACUGCGCGGAGGCAGUCGUCGUCCGCAGCAAGAUUGCCGUGGCGCUCCUGCGGAUUGCGGUCCGCGGCCUUGGUGCAGGCGCGCGGCUCUCAUGGAGGGCGCCGUCCCAGCUGCGUGGUGCCCUCCGCGCCUCGGCGAGGGGCCUGGGCCUGGCGGGGCCCAUCACGUGGCACAGCCUGCGACGUGGCGGGGCGAGCGCCUUCUUCGUCAGGAGCGGCUCCAUGGAGGCGACCCUCGUGGCGGGUCGGUGGGCCUCCUCCGCCACCGCACGCCUGUACAUCGAGGGCGCGGUGGCCGACUCAGUGCGCGCCCAGCCCGGGAGCGAGGCAGCCCGCGCCGUUGCGCGGGGACUGCGGCUCCUGCAGCUGGCCACUGUAAAAGGGCUGGAGAAGGGCGUGGAGUAG